GAGUCAGAGACUGCGGCGUGCACGGGAGAGGAAAGAGGCGGCCAAGUAGUUGCGGAGAUGGCCUUGGACUGGCUGGGAGUCGCCUUGCUGGGACUUCAGCUGUGUUCUCAGACACUGGCGUUGGAGGUGUCAGUGGGCAAGGCACCUGUUAUUUAUGCCAAGAAUGGCACCAAUGUGCUACUGCCUUGUACUUUCAACUCCUGCAUCGGCAUUGAGAAAGCCAACUUCAUAUGGAGCCACAAUCAGACUGAAAUAUUCAAAGGGGUCGUGAAGAACAAAGACUCCAAGCCAGAGCCUCAUCCAGAGUACAAGUUCAACCUUAAGCACAUGUUGCCACCUGACCUGCCACUCAGCAAGGACAACCGGGAGUUCAACGUUUCCCUCCUGUUGCUUGAUGCUGACUUUGAGGACUCCGGGCCAUACACCUGCUUGGUCAAGAACCCCAAAGAGAAGGAUGCCAACCACAGUGGCACCUUUACUCUCAAAGUGGUUGUGAUGUUGGAGAAGGUUGACAACACACUGACGCUGAUCAUUUUGUCUGUUGCGGGUGGUGUCAUUGGGCUCCUCAUCCUUAUCAUGCUGACCAAGAAACUGGUCCUCUUCAUCCUCAAGAAGACACGGAAACAGAAGGAGUGCCUGGUGAGCUCUUCAGCGAUCGAGAACACGGAGAAUGGGCUGCCAGGCUCCAAAAUAGACUCUAAAUCAGCCCCGAAGGCCUGACUCCACGAAGGGCAGAUCUCUGGGAUCCAACCCUCCAGAUUGAUCUGCCAGGCUCUGGCGAGGGCAGGAGACAACCCUCUUUCAAAGGACUGACGCUUGAGACACAACUAUGUUACUCAACUGGCUGCAAAAAAGUGCUGCUU